AGGAAGGUGAACAUAAAUUCAAAGCAAAGCGGAAUUGCAACGUGUGGGCGCUUUCCAAAUUGGAUCAUGGAGGCCAUUGCUUGCACGCAGAAGUCGUUACACACCGUCUUUCUAGGUCGCCUGAAGCAGCGCUGUGGCAAUGCAGAACAGGGUCUAUCACAAAGCGCGCCUGCAUUGGCUGGCAACAGGAAACACCACCACACGCAGGCGCUUUCUGGAGCUUUGAGGGGUCAGAAUGCAGCACAGACGGGGCCUGCAGGUCAAUGUCACCUGCGCCGGCAAGCUCUAGAAGUACCGGCCAAUCGAAGGGGCGGGCAGCAAUCAAGCGUAGUUUGUCAAGCCAUUCGGGAAACAUCGGGCAAGGCGUCUGCAGAUGGCCUGAAAUUUGCGGUGGUGGUGGCUCGAUUCAAUGACUUUAUCACAAAGCUGUUGCUAGAGGGCGCCAAGGAAACGUUCCGGAGGCACGGCGCAGCAGAUGAAGACAUCGAGAUCGUGUGGGUCCCCGGCAGUUUCGAGCUACCGGUGGUCGCGACGGCGAUGGCCAAGAGCGGCAAGUUUGACGCGGUUUUGUGCAUAGGAGCCGUGAUCCGUGGGGCGACGACACACUACGAAGCGGUGGUCAACGGAGCGACGAGCGGAAUCCUAGGGGCGUCUGCAGCCACAGGAGUACCAGUCAUCUUUGGUGUACUCACAUGUGACACCAUGGAGCAGGCGAUCGAUAGGGCGGGUGGCAAGGCCGGAAACAAAGGCGGCGAGUGCGCAGCGACUGCGGUUGAGAUGGGCGCGCUCCUCCGAGACCUUCGCGAGAAGAAGCUGGCUGCUCCGGCGUGGCACUGAAUCUUCGAGGCUACCUUGCUUACGAGUAAAAGUUACUUUCUUGGAGCUCGAUAAUAUUCAUCUCAGUCACCCGUUGCUUGAAGAAGUAACAGGAUGUCUGGAAGAAUGCUCUUUGAGGGUAACCAAGGUGUACUUGGAGUUCGUUGUACUGCUGCUACAGGAGGUUGUGCAAGUGGCACAUCAUUCAAAAGGUUACGAUUCCGUGCUAUGCAAGUCCGUCUAAGCUAUUGAUGAAACACCUAUGUUGCGGUCAAGCAUGGC